UUGAAUGCUGGAUCGACUCCAUAUCUACAUAGCAGUGAGUGAAGCAGGAUGUUUGCAAGAUGGUGGUGUGUUCUGUCACUGAUCUCCAGCGUACUGGGAAUGAACCAGACCCGACCUCAUAUCAUCUUCAUCCUAGCUGAUGAUCUGGGUUGGAACGACGUUGGUUUCCAUGGUUCUGACCAGGUUCCGACGCCCAACAUCGACGCCCUGGCGUACAGUGGCGUGAUACUCAAUAAUUACUACGUGUUGCCCGUAUGUACACCUUCCCGCAGCGCUCUCAUGACGGGCAGACACCCAGUGCAUACAGGUAUGCAGCAUGAGGUGAUAUUCGCAAACGAGCCAUGGGGACUACCACUUGAGGAGAAAUUGUUGCCGCAGUAUCUACAGGAAUUGGGCUACGUCAACAGGAUGGUGGGAAAGUGGCAUUUGGGACAUUUCCGUGCCAACUACACUCCUCUCUAUCGCGGGUUUGAUUCCCACUAUGGGUACUGGGGUGGACACCAGGAUUACUACGACCACACAGCCCAGGACAGCCUACGCUACUGGGGCUACGACAUGAGGCGGGACAUGAACGUGCACUGGGCGAGUUACGGCCGUUACACCACCGACCUAUUCUCAGAAGAGGCUGUCCGCACUAUCCUUCAGCACGACGAGGCGCGUCCCCUGUUCCUCUACUUGGCGCAUCUGGCUACGCAUUCGGCCAACCCGUACCGGCCCCUGCAGGCGCCCGCAGACGUCGUCAACAAGUUCAGUUACAUCGCGGACGAGCAGCGGCGGAUUUUUGCUGGAAUGUUGUCAAAACUGGACCAGUGUAUCGGCGAUGUCGUGGCAGCACUGGAAUUGCGCGGUAUGCUCAACAAUUCCAUCAUAAUCUUCUCAACUGAUAAUGGAGGACCAGCUGCAGGUUUUAAUCUCAACGCAGCUUCCAAUUGGCCGCUGCGAGGGGUGAAAGACACUCUGUGGGAAGGCGGAGUCCGCGGGGUGGGUCUCGUGUGGAGCCCCUUAAUCCGUAGUGCCCCGCGGGUAGCCACCCACCUGAUGCAUAUUCAAGACUGGUUACCCAGCCUACUUCACGCCGUGAAUGCAACAGUUCCGUCUCAUCUGGACGGGCAAGACGUGUGGACCAAUAUCUUAACAGGGUCCCCGCCACCGUAUGAUGAACUUCUCCUGAAUAUAGAUAACCAACGAGACAUUGCGGCGUUGCGCAAAGGAGACUGGAAACUCGUUAAAGGACGGACGUGGGAUGGGCAAUGGGACGGCUGGUACGGGCCUUCAGGUAGAAAACCGGGGUACCGUUACAACGUGACCCUGGUGUACAACAGCGUAGCGGGCAAGGCCCUGGUGAGCACUGGUGCGCCCCUGCCACUCAAUCCAGAGGACGCCCUGAGGACGAGAGCGGCUGCCAAUGUCUCGUGCGGUUCACACAACGCCAACAGCUCCUGCGCGGGACCCAACUCUGUGUGUCUCUUUAAUCUGAUGCAGGAUCCUUGCGAGUUAGACAACCUAUCGAACAAGUAUCCCUUGCGGGUUGCGGCAUUGCAGCGACUGCUAGACCGAUACAAUGCAACGGUAGUUCCUCCUCUCAACAAAGAGGCUGACCCGCGGAGUAACCCCAAGUAUUGGAACUACACCUGGACCAAUUGGAUGGACCAAAUUUGAUAAUCGUUGGAGACGUUACCUAGCAACGACCACUCUUUACAGAGUCACCGCUUAGCAACCUGUCUAUACGCUACAAUAUGAUUCAACUUUACCUUCAGUACCACAUGUGCAAAUAUCUGCAUAAGUUGCUUGUUUCAUGUACAAAUAUGUUCAGAAAUAAAUUGUUGUAAUAUCUAUGAGUUUAC